AUGGCUCCACCGAGCGCCCGUAUCGACGUGUCGAAUCCAAUCCAAUCGACCUUUAUGCUGCCGCCAUGAAUUCACUCGCUUUCCUUUGCCGCCCGUCACCACUGACGCCUUCCGCCUCCCCCUCCAUCUCCCUCUCCGUCCCCCAGUCGUCCUGUAUAAAGCUCCCCCGCUCGCGGCCAGCAGCUCACCGCCACCGCACCGCCGCCGCCGCCAGGAUUUCCUCCCGAACCGUCGCCAUGGCAACCGCUGCUGCACCACCGGUCAUCUUCCCGAAAGAAAAUCUCCCCCCUUCCCUGACCUCCACCUCAGAACCCCCUCCGCUCUUCGAUGGCACGACCAGGUUGUAUGUUGCAUAUCACUGCCCGUACGCGCAGCGCGCUUGGAUUACCAGGAACUGCAAGGGUUUGCAGGACAAGAUUAAGAUAGUAGCGAUCGAUCUGGCAGACAGGCCAGUUUGGUACAAGGAAAAGGUUUAUCCAGAGAACAAGGUGCCUUCACUGGAGCAUGACAACCAAGUGAAAGGCGAGAGCUUGGAUUUGGUCAAGUACAUUGAUAGCAAUUUCGAAGGCCCAGCUUUGCUUCCUGAAGAUUCUGCAAAGAAGCAGUCCGCUGAGGAGCUACUUGCGUAUACAGAUGAGUUUAACAAAGCAUUAUACUCAUCCAUACUCUCCAAGGGAGAUGUGUCAGAGGAAACUGUUGCCGCGCUGGAUAAAAUAGAAGCUGCCCUGGGAAAGUUCACCGAUGGUCCUUUCUUGCUUGGCCAGUUCAGUUCGGUGGACAUUGCAUAUCUUCCAUUUAUUGAAAGGUUUCAGAUAUUCUAUUCUGGUAUCAAGAACUACGAUAUCACCAAGGGCAGACCGAACUUUCAGAAAUACAUCGAGGAAGCAAACAAGAUCGAUGCGUAUACACAGACCAAACUGGAACCACAAUUUCUGCUUGAUCAAACAAAGAAGCGUCUUGGGAUUGAGUGAAUAUGUCACCAAGGAUAAACAAGAGGCGCAGCAUGGAAUAUGAAGACUUAGUCACUCGAUCAGGAGUGUGCUUGUUUGUUAGAUGGUAUUUGAAUAAAAAAGAUGUAUGCUACUAUGCUCCUGCCUUUUGAGAAUAAGGUGGUUGUGUUGUGAUUAUAGUUUGACGGUAUGCCAAUGUUUAUGGAUGAGAAUAAUCAUAUACUCCCUCGGUCCCAAGUGACUCGAAUUUGUCCAAAUAUGGAUGUAUCUAUACCCAAAAAACGUCUAGAUACAUGUAGUAUUUCGUCACUUAAUAUGGGACGGAGGGAGUAUUUUGUUGAAUGUUUAUGAGUAUAGUGAAACGAUGCUUCUAUGAUAUCAUGUUAACCAUUUA